AUGAUCUUGAAGAAUAUAUCCUCAUCACUUAGAUUGGUGAACAAAAAGGAUACUACUGAUAUCCUUUUUACGUUUCCAAUAAAUUGUAAAACCGGAUCAAUUAUAGCUAAAUUAACUCCACAAUUAGCAUCGGUAAAAUUUGCUAGUUGUAAAUUACUUGGGGGUAUUUACUUCAAAUUGAACAAAGAUGCUGAAGGUAUUGAUCUACUUAGUAAGGCUUUACAAGUCGAUUCAAAUGAUUUAAGUCUUUGGAUACGUCUAGCUCGUGCUGCUAUUCGUUCAGGUUUCUUUGAAGUUGCUAUCAAUUCAAUAGAUCAUAUAUUAACAAAAAGGCCUUCUCAUCCACUUGCAUUGCAAUUGGCUCUGCCACUGUAUUUUGCAGUUUCUGAAUUAGAGAUUUGCUUAGAAUUAUCAGUUCGUAUGUUACAAAUAGAUCCUUUUAGUGAAUAUGCAGUUUAUUUUAUUAAUCGAAUUCUUACAAUUCAACCAAGUUUACAUGAAAUGAUUCAUGAUUUGUUCCUGCAAAGGCCAGAUAUUUUGAGUCAAUUACCGUCAUAUGAUGAAGCUGAACGGAUUGAUCAAGAAAUACAGAAUAUUCGAAUAGUAUAUCGUAGACAAAAAGAUGCUGAAACAGAACUACGAACAAUUCCAUUGGUUAAAUUCCCAUCUCCAUUGAAACAUUUAAGCUGGCUACAUUUGAUUCAAGAAACAAUAACAAUGUACGAUCGUUUAAACUCAGAAUCAGCAAUUCAUUCAGUUCUUGAUUUAUCAUCAUUGUUGUGCAAAAAUGUACCUAAUUUUGAAUCAAUUCCUAAUGAGAUAAAUGAAGUUUCAAAUAACACUGUUACAUCAUCAUCAGCUUCUCUUAAUUUAAAGUUUGGUGAACAAUUGAAUGAUAAUAUUGAACAUGCUGUAAAUUUGAAUAUUGAAAAAGUACCAAAUGUUGAUGCUGUAUAUGAUACAAUGAAAGAUGAUGUAAGUGAUUUAAAUAUUGAGGCAUCAAAUGAUGAUUUAACUACUACUGCCGGACUUGAAAAACGUCGAUCUUCCAGGGUUAGAACAUGCUUUGAUUUAACGGAUGGUUUAAAUCGUUAUUGUUCCAGACGAUCUGUUAUAGCAGAAUUGGAAAAAGUUUCGGACAAGUAUAAACCUUCCAGUGAAAAAUCAGCUAGCUUACAGAAAGAAAGUAAUUAUAUAAAUGAUCGGUUUAAAUUAAUCGAUAGAUUUCAAACACUUUUACCUCAAGUAUUUAGAGAUCUUGGUGUCUUCGAUCAAAAACAGAAAAUGUCGAAAGAACUACAGUCAACCACAGAAACACUUAUUCCAUGCACUGAUUCGUUCACUGAAAUUUCAUCAAAUUGUUCAGAAUGUGUGACAUCAACUUUUUCGAAUAUGUGGAGUCAAAAGUCGAUUCAUGAGUUCCUGGUUCUUUUGAAUGACAUGAAACCAAAUAUUAUUACAUUUGGUAUAUCAUUGCUUUUACAAACUAGUCGCCUUUCCGGAUACCGCUGGUCGUUAGAAUUCGCAACUGCGUAUCUAUAUUUAUUUGACCGUUUACAACCAUCUUUUCCUUAUUUAUUAACAACUCCACCUUCCUCAUCAUUGUCAUCAUCAUCACAGCUACUGGAAGCUGUUAUUCAUCAAGAUAAAACACGAUCAGAAACCUGUUUGCUACCUGAGGAUGUUUUAGCUUUAAAAGUAGCUCCAGAAUUAUAUCACUUGGCAUUUUUCUACAUUAUAUAUGUAGAAUUAUAUUUAGAAGAAUUAGAAUCUACCAGUCAUAAUUCAACGAAGUCAAAAGAAAAAAUUUCGAGACCGACUGAAAUACCAACACCAGUAUUUUCUGUGUUAAACGAUGUACUCACAGGAAUUGAAGAAACGUCAUCAAAUUAUCCUAUUGUUAUGAGUCAUUUGUUAUGGAUGCAUUAUUUAAUGAGUUCACAACGUCGUGAUUAUGCAGAAAUGAAAGAGUGUGUACUCGCUCUAAAGAAGCUGAUUAUAGAACACAAACUUGUUGUCGUUAGAUCAUAUAGCGUACAUCAUGGUGACUUAACAGUUGAUUAUAUGAAUCAUUUGUUAAUAAAGUUAAAAGAUGUUUCGUCUUUCGAUCACCUGAUUCAAUUGUCAAAUGAAGGUCAACACGAAGUUGUUGUAACGGAGCUAAUUAAAACGUUCCAGAUUCAACGUAAUAUAAAUUCAAAACAAUCUUCGUCCGAUCCAUAUGAUCAUUAUCACUCUAUCAUCAAACAACUGGAUUUAUGCUAUGGUUCAUUGAAACAUUUAGUCAUGAACUUAACACUAAAUAAUGACAAAAUUGUUUUUAAUAAUAAAUAA